CCACGUCCUGCGGGGCUAAUCUGCGGCUUGUUCGGUCUUCACUCGGCGUUGAUUUUCUUGCUGGGGGAUAAACUGUGGCUUUUGGUUUCUCGCUGCAGCUCCUUUCGUCUGACCGACUGCACUCAUCCUGAGGCACCCAACUUGUCUAUUUGUACGAUUUCAAAGAUGUCAAGUAGUCAGGUCCAGUGGGAGAAAGGGAGGCGAGAAGCCUGCCUGGAGAUUGGCGCUCUCCCUCUCACGCACGCAAUACAAUGAUGUAUGUAUGUAUGUAUGUAUGUAUGUAUGCAGCGGCGGCAAACUGUGGAUCAGACAGAUCUACACCCAUAGGAAAAAGGGAGAGAGGGAAGCCAGAAGCCAGGAAAGAUAUCAAGUCGAUCUGUCAUCUAGACUUCUCAUUGCCUUGCCCCCAUGCGCUUCCUCGCUUCAACCAUUCAAAACUUGCCAGCUAGCGCGUCCUGUGAAACGGGUAAUCAUGAUGAAUGAUCCCGCCCUACCUCAUCUUCCUUUCCCGCCGACGAUCACUGGCUCUGUUCAACUGUUGGUAAAGGAUGAUGGUGAUGAUCUACAUCAUCUACACGAGGCGCGUUCACAUCUAAUUUCUAAAGACCGAUCAUUCCCGAGAUCCGCCUUCCUCUCAUUAAUAAUUACAGCACACCUGGUGCGCUUUAACGCCCAUAUGAAAGAAACCGGCCGGUGAGUAUUUUUUUUUCACUCUUCCAUCUUCAAGAACCACUUCAUUUUAUUCUGUUUCUUCCACUCUAGUGUAAGUGUACUUUGUUUUUUCUCAAGCUGAUUAAUCACAGUCUUGAACAAGCUCUUACAUUAAGGCUUCUGUGAUUUCUUUUAAUAGAAUAUUAAUAGACAUGUUUUCCUGCUUUUCCUUGAUUACUCUAUUCUAUAUUUACAGUUAUGAACCAGUCCUUGCACCACCCCUACUCCUUGCA